GCCCGCCCCUCCGGCUGCGUGCACCAGCGCAGCUAGUCACGUGACGCCGAGGCGGGGCAGAUAGGAGAUUCCUGCUGCCGUUGCUCCGUGGGCCCUGGUGCGGGCACGCUCUAAGCGCAUGCGUUUUUUAUGCGGGAUUAAGCUUGCUGCUGCGUGACAGCGGAGGGCUAGGAAAAGGCGCAGUGGAGCCCAGAGCUGUCACCCCUGACUCGACGCAGCUUCCGUUCUCCUGGUGACGUGGCCUACUGGACCCGCCCCGGUGGUCAGCUGCCGUACUGUUGCUAGGCAACAGCGUGCGAGCUCAGAUCAGCGUGGGGCGGAGAAGUGGGAUUUGGAAGCUCAGGGGCACAGGGGCCCAGGGGCACAGGCCCACGACUGUACUGGGAUGGACCAGUACUGCAUCCUGGGCCGCAUCGGGGAGGGCGUCCACGGCAUCGUCUUCAAGGCCAAGCAUGUGAAGCCGAGGGUGGGCUGGCAGUGUCUGCCUUCUGUCCUGCAGACUGGCGAGAUAGUUGCCCUCAAGAAGGUGGCCCUAGGGCGUUUGGAGGACGGCAUCCCUAACCAGGCCCUGCGGGAGAUUAAGGCUCUGCAGGAGAUGGAGGACAAUCAGUAUGUGGUGCAGCUGAAGGCUGUGUUCCCACACAGUGCAGGCUUUGUGCUGGCCUUUGAGUUCAUGCUGUCGGAUCUGGCCGAGGUGAUGCGCCAUGCCCAGAGGCCACUAGCCCAGGCACAGGUCAAGAGCUACCUGCAGAUGCUGCUCAAGGGCGUUGCCUUCUGCCAUGCCCACAACAUUGUACAUCGGGACCUGAAACCUGCCAACCUGCUCAUCAGCGCCUCAGGCCAGCUCAAGAUAGCGGACUUUGGCCUGGCUCGAGUCUUUUCCCCAGACGGCAGCCGCCUCUACACACACCAGGUGGCCACCAGGGCCGUGGGCUGCAUCAUGGGGGAGCUGUUGAAUGGGUCCCCCCUUUUCCCGGGCGAGAAUGACAUUGAACAGCUUUGCUACGUGCAUCGCAUCUUGGGCACCCCAAAUCCUCAAGUCUGGCCGGAGCUCACUGAGCUGCCAGACUACAACAAGAUCUCCUUUAAGGAGCAGGCGCCCGUGCCCCUGGAGGAGGUGCUGCCUGACGCCUCUCCCCAGGCAUUGGAUCUGCUGGGUCAAUUCCUCCUCUACCCUCCUCGCCAGCGCAUCGCAGCUUCCAAGGCCCUCCUCCAUCAGUACUUCUUCACAGCUCCCCUGCCUGCCCAUCCAUCUGAGCUGCCGAUUCCUCAGCGUCUAGGGGGACCUGCUCCCAAGGCCCAUCCAGGGCCCCCCCACAUCCAUGACUUCCAUGUGGACCGGCCUCUUGAGGAGUCGCUGUUGAACCCAGAGCUGAUUCGGCCCUUCAUCCCAGAGGGGUGAGAAGUUGGCCUUGGUCCUGUCUGCCUGCUCCUCAGGACCACUCAGUCCACCUGUUCCUCUGCCACCUGCCUGGCUUCACCUUCCAAGGCCUCCCCAUGGCCACGCUGGGCCCACACCACAGCCUGCCCCUUAGCCCUUGCAAGGGUUGGUCUCAAGGCAGAGGUCAUGUUCCCAGCCAAGAGUAUGAGAACAUCCAGCCGAGCAGAGGAGAUUCACGGCCUGUGCUCGGUGAGCCUUAACUCCUGUGUGCUAUUGACGUACCCAUCAGAACAGUGAGCUCUGCUGCCAGUCAAGGCCUGCCUAUACAGAAUGGCGAUGCCUGCCUUGGUGCUGCUUCCCCGAGUGCUGCCUCCCAGUCAAGGAGAAGUGCAGAGAGUAAGGUGUCCUUACGUUGGAAACUCAAGUGGAAGGAAGAUUUGGUUUGGUUUUAUUCUCAGAGCCAUUAAACACUAGUUCAUUAUGUGAGAUUAUAGAUUCUAAAAACCUCAGGUGGCUCUGCCUUAUGUCUGUUCCUCCUCCAUUUCUCUCAAGGGAGGUGACUAAGGUGGCAUUGUCUCAUGGCCCUCGUUUUUGGGGGUCAUGGGGAAGGUAGCACCAGGCAUAGCCACUUUUUCCCUGAGGGCCUCCUGUGUGCUUCACAUCACUGAGCGCUCAUUUGGAAGUGAGGGAGACAGAAGUCUAGGCCCAGGGAUGGCUCCAGUUGGGGAUCCAGCAGGAGACCCUGCGCACAUGAGACUGGUUUACCAACAUCUACUCCCUCAGGAUGAGCGUGAGCCAGAAGCAGCUGUGUAUAUAAGGAAACAAGCGUUCCUGGAAUUAAUUUAUUAAUUUAAUAAAUCCUAAUAUAAUCCCAGCUAGUGUGUUUUCCUUAUUAUAAUUUGAUAAGGUGAUUAUAAAAGAUACAUGGAGGGAAGUGGAACCAGAUGCAGAAGAGAAAAUGAUGGAAGGACUUAUGGUGUCAGAUACCAAUAUUUAAAAAAGUUUAUAUAAUAAUAAAGAGUAUGAUUAUGGUUCAAGGAUAAAAACAGACUAGAGAAACUUAUUCUUAGCCAUCCUUUAUUUUUAUUUUUAUUUAUUUUUUGAUGGAGUCUUGCUCUGUCGCCCAGGCUGGAGUGCAGUGGCACAAUCUCGGCUCACUGCAACCUCCGCCUCCCGGGUUCAAGUGAUUCUCCUACCUCAGCUUCCCGAGUAGCUGGGACUACAGGCGCGUGCCACCACACCUGGCUAAUUUUUGUAUUUUUACUAGAGACAGGGUUUCACCGUGUUAGCCAGGAUGGUCUUGAUCUCCUGACCUCGUGAUCUGCCCGCCUGGGCCUCCCAAAGUGCUGGGAUUGUAGGCGUGAGCCACCGUGCCCAGCCCCAGAUAUCCUUUAUUUUUAAAAUGUUUAUUUUACCCUUUAUGUAGAUAAACUCUUCUGUGAGCACUGAGGGUGACUAACACUGCUACAGAUGCUGGCCUUCAAGCACUUAGUGGAGACAGAAAACAUAUUCAACCCUCGUUCUUGGCUUUCAGGAAAGUCUGAUGUUUUCAUGAUAUGGCCUCUGUUUAUUUCUCUAGCCACAUCUUCUGCAGACUGUAAGCUUCUAAGAGAACUUCAAAGAGAACUCUAAAAUGUAUAUAACAUUUGCAAGUAAAAGGAUAAAAAAUGAUUUACCAUGCAUACACAAACCAAAAAUCUGGUGUAGUUAUUUGAUAUCAAGUAAUAGAGGCCAGGUGCAGUGGCUCAUGCCUGUAAUCCCAACAUUUUGGGAGGCCGAGGUGGGCAGAUCACCCGAGGUUGGGAGUUCCAGACCACCCUGGCCAACAUGGUGAAAUCCCAUCUCUACUAAAAAUACAAAAAUUAGCCGGGUGUGAUGGUGCAUGCCUGUAAUCCCAGCUACUUGGGAGACCGAGGCAGGAGAAUCGCUUGAACCUGGGAGACAGAGGUUGCAGUGAGCCGAGAUUGUGCCACUGCACUCCAGCCUUGGUGACAGAGUGAGACUCUUGUCUCAAAAAAAAAAAAGAAACUAGAUUUUAAGGCAAAGAGCUGUUAUUUAAUAUAAGAUACAAUUUCAAGGCAAAAAUCAUUACUAGUGGUAAACACAUUCAGUUCUAAUUAUAUUCAGUUCAUUGGUAAAAUUUUUCAAAUUUGUAUGUACCUAAUAAUAUAAUCUCAAAUAUUAUCAAUAUUAGAAAUGAAUAGGAUUCAAAACACUAAGGAUAUUAGAAGUAACUUUAUACAUGCAAAAUUUUGGUAAAAUUGACAAAUCCAUAGAAAAAUUCAACUUGCAGUAAUCAAAAACAAACCCCUGAAGUGUCUUAAAACUGUUAAAAAGGAAUUGAACCUCCAAAUUAAAAUAUUUUCAUUAUGUAAUCUCCAGGCCCAGAUAGCUUCACUACUAAAUUCUACCAAUCAAUCACUUAAUAAAGAGAAAGUGUCACAAACACAGAGCUGAGAUUGUGCCACUGCAUUCCAGCCUGGGCGACAGAGCAAGACUCCAUCUCUAAAUAAAUAAAUAAAUAAAGUUAGUUCCAUUUUGCUAAGAAAUACUUCUGUUCUUGUUCCCAUUACUGAAUGGACCUCCUCAGUCAGCAGCAACAAGCCUAAGGCUUUUACACUGUUGGUGGGUGGGUUCCCUGUGGGAAUCGGUCAGCCUUCCUCUAUCCAGUUGAGGUGGUAGAUACACCACUGUGCUGGCUAAGACAAGACACUGAAGGGUGCCAGCCUGUCGGGACUGACUUGGGUGAGAAGUGGUGCUGAUUCCUACCAUCUCACCUUUCAGUUCCUUUAGGCCUGUGCUUAAAGCUGUUACUGAUGACUGGACUUAUUAUAGACGAUACAAAGCUAAACAAUGCUGUUCUCUUCAUUAGAGCAUCUCUACCAGAUAUUGUCACCUUAAUGGAUGACAUUCAAAACAACAGGCAAAUGGUUUAGAGUUACUGCACAGACUUGGCUAACAGGGUUUACUCACUAAAAUUUUUUCAUGACAGCCAACCACAAUUUGACUUAACCUUUGAGAGUCAACAGCACAGCUUUACCUGACUGCCUGCACUGUAGUGAAAGGCCUUUACUUACAUCUGGACUUUGCUAAGAGGACCCCGAUGCUUGUCCCACACUUGCCCCAAGAAACUUAGCUUUGGCGUCAUAUCAGUGACAUCCUCCUCACUGGUCCUGACCAAGACUUUGUUUCACAGGUCAUCACAGCUGUGAGCAAGCACCCCACUGAGGGGAUGGACAGUUGCCCCACAUAAGGUGCAAGAGCCCUCCUGACCUGUUAAAGUGUUGGGCUACACCUAGAACUCAGAGAGGUAAACUAUUCCCAAUUUGGCAAAAGAUAAUCUCCUAGCUCUCCAACCUCCCACAUCAAUAAAGGGAUUCAGUCAA